AUGUCAACACCUCAAAAUACGUCUGCCCAGAAUGAGAAUUUCUAUGGCUUCCAGUUUCCCAAAUGGCAAAGAAAAAGUGUGAAACGACGCAUGCUGGAACAACUUAGGUCAUCUGAUCGAAUGACAGAAGAUGAAGCAGAACAAAUUUGUGAGCCAUGGAGUCUGUCUAUGCAUGACAGAUGGCGGCUGUACAGAUACUGGAUUUUCAAACAUCGCGAACAGCUGGAAAGAAAAAUAAGGCUCUACGAAGAAUUGUACAACGAAGUUUCGACAGACUUAAAGAGAUUACAAGAGACCGAGGACAGGAUAUUAUUGGGAAAUGCUACAGUGAUUGGCAUGACAACGACAGCAGCAGCUCGGCAUCGACAAAUGCUAGCCGAGAUUGGGCCUAGCAUCAUCAUGAUAGAGGAAGCCGCUGAGGUUCUUGAAGGACACAUCAUCAGUACUUUAACCAAGAAGUGCGAACACCUGAUACUCAUCGGGGACCACAAACAACUGAAGCCAAACCCAACCGUUUACAACUUGGCAAAACGGUACCACCUUGAUUUGUCCUUGUUCGAGAGGAUGGUGACAAAUGGGAUUCACUGUGACACUCUGACUCUUCAGCAUAGAAUGAGGCCAGAGAUAUCGUCUUUGUUGCGCCAUAUUUAUCCUAACCUUGAGGAUCACCCAUCUGUGUUUGAUUACGAAAACGUGAAGGGGAUUUCUACCAACAUGUUCUUCAUACAACACAGAAAUCAAGAGGAAACUGAUGAACAGAUGGUUAGCCAUUCCAAUGAGUAUGAAGCAGUCUACAUUGUUGCUUUGUGUAGUUACCUGUUAAAGCAAGGAUAUGACCAUUCAAAAAAUCACUGUGCUCACAACAUAUGCAGGACAACAGCACAAAAUAAGGAAGUUAAUGAGGCAGGGUAAUUUCCCAGAUGUGAAACUCACAGUUGUUGACAACUACCAAGGUGAAGAAAAUGAUAUAGUCCUGUUGUCUCUUGUCAGAAGCAAUCCUGAAGGAAGUGUGGGAUUUUUGAAAAUCGAAAACCGCAUAUGUGUAGCUUUGUCACGCGCAAAAAUUGGGCUCUUUGUUAUAGGUAACUUUGAGCUUCUCGCUAUGCAGAGCUUACUCUGGAGAGAUAUCCUGGAAGAUUUGAAGAAAAAGAAGCAGGUAGGACCCACCUUGCAUUUGUAUUGUCAAAACCAUCAGAGUGGAACCGGAAUCAACAUUGAAAGUCCAAAUGAUUUUGAAAAGGCUCCUGAUGGAGGUUGUCUAAAACCGUGUGCAUUCAAACUCAAAUGUGGCCAUGUUUGUUCCAAAUAUUGCCAUCCCUAUGACCCUGAACACAAGGAAUACCUUUGUAUGAGGUCUUGCACUCAGAUACUUUGCAGUAAAGGUCAUCCAUGUCCACGACUGUGUCACGAGAAAUGUGGACCAUGUGUCGUGCCUGUUCAAAAGAUCAUCCCGUCUUGUGGCCAUGAGCAGAUCGUCCCAUGUUUCCAGAAUCCGAAGACAUUCUCCUGUAUGAAUGAUUGUGAGAAACUUUGCAGCAAAGGUCAUACAUGUCCUCGACCGUGCCACGAAAAUUGUGAACCUUGUGCCGAGCCUGUUCUAAAGAUCAUCCCGUCUUGUGGCCAUGAGCAGAUGGUCCCAUGUUCCCAGGAUCCGAUCACGUUCUCGUGUAAGAAUAAUUGUGAGAAAACAUGUAGAAAUGGUCAUCCAUGUCAACAACCGUGUCACGAGAAGUGUGGACCAUGUGUCGUGCCUGUUGAAAAGAUCAUUCCGUCUUGUGGCCAUGAACAGAUCGUCCCAUGUUUCCAGGAUCCGGAGACAUUCUCGUGUAAGAAUGAUUGUGAGAAACUUUGCAACAAAGGUCAUCCAUGUCCACAACCGUGUCACGAAAAGUGUGGACCAUGUGUCGUGCCUGUUCAAAAGAUUAUUCCGUCUUGUGGCCAUGAACAGAUCGUUCCAUGUUUCCAGGAUCCACACGACUUCUCAUGUCGGGGCAAUUGCGAAACGGAUCUUGACUGUGGGCACAGAUGUGGAGAAGCAUGUGGGAAAGCACAUCAAUGCAGAGCAACAAUUAAGAAGACAUUCAGAUGUGGACAUGUGGAAGAGGUCUUGUGCAUUAACAAAGACACGGUAGAGUGUUGGGUCAGAUGCGGCGAGAAGCUUGACUGUGGACACAUUUGUGAUGGUAACUGCAACAGGUGUCACGAAGGAAGGCUUCAUGUACCAUGCCAGAAGAUGUGCAAGGAAAUACUGAUCUGUGGCCAUGAGUGUGGCGCCAAGUGUUCACAUUGUCCUCCCUGUAGGAUGGCAUGUGAAAACCGCUGUCCCCACGAAAGGUGCACUAAAUUUUGUGGUGAAAUUUGUGACCCAUGCAUAGCACCUUGUGAAUGGAAAUGUGAACAUUUUAAAUGCACUUUGCUCUGCGAUGAGCCUUGUGACAGACCACCCUGCAAUGAACCAUGCAAGAAGAAACUGCCCUGUGAACAUCAAUGUAUUGGCUUGUGUGGCGAACCAUGCCCAAUGCAGUGCAGGUUUUGCAACGCUGCUCUAGUAAGUAAUGUGAGUGGAAAGCCGAAUGCAAGAUUCGUUUUCCUGGAAGACUGUGGGCAUAUUGUGGAGGUUACAAGCCUCGAUAGGCACAUGGCAUCCAAAUCAGACGAAAUCCAACUGAAGAAAUGUCCACACUGUAAAACAAUAAUCAGAUACAACAUGAGGUAUGGAAAUGUGAUCAAAUCCAUUCUCAGAAAACUGGAAGUUGUAAGGAAGCAGUGCAAUGAACAGGCAGAGACGGUUCUGGACACAGAAGAAAGGAUGAUGAUUGAAGUGAUGGAGGAUGAUGAAUGCGAGGGAAAUACAAAAGAAAUGAUGCUGCGCCAAGGAUUUACCAACACUGUGGCAGGUCUCACAGCACUACAGAACCAGUUUACCCUCCUGGAUGAGCUUUCAAAGAUUACCGAUGAAUAUGACCCGUUUUGUUGGUAUAGAAGGCAUCGCUCGACAUAUUGAUUUGGCCACUAAAGAAACAAAACUAUUCCGCACAUGGCUGAUGAUACGAAGACAAGCCUUCAGCAGACAAGACGAAUCAGACGCUCAGAAUGAACUGCUUAGACACAAAAUGAUUAUUCACAUGCUGGACUUAGAAUUUCUUCUGGCGCCAAAUCUAAAGAAAGUGACAUACAGGGUUACAUGCUGGUUCUGAAAGACAUCCUUGUUUCUGGCAAAUCUUACUCAGCUGAAAAACAAAUCAGGGUUGAAAGAAUAUUUGACAGACUUUGGGGUACUCUCAACAUCAAGUUCUCAGAGGAGAUUGACAAUGCAAAGGUGAUGAUUACACCAACAACUGGAAUUGCAUCUGGUCACUGGUUGUCCUGUCGCCAUGGGCAUGUCUAUUCAAGAGGAGAAUGUCGGUAUGGCUCCAAUAUUCGUCAUAUUCGUGACUGCCCCCGAUGUCUCAGCAGAGUGGGUCAGAAGACACCACAAAAGAUUCUGAAGACAAAGUGACUGUUUCGACAUAAUGUGACUUGAAAUGAAGAGGGUUGUGUAAAGUUCAUAUCAACGACACGUGUUGUGAAUAUGGAACAGUUUUCUACUUCACUUGCAUAUGUCAGUUUCUUUGUGAUGUUGCGAGUAUUGACGGGAGAUUAGAGAUGGAAAGGUACCCAAGCUGUAGGUGCAAACCUUAUUGUUCAUAUAAGCUCCUUUUCUUAAAUGUGCAUGUAGUUAGUUUGCUCAGAGGGCGAGAUUUAUCAAUAUUGUUCACCCAGUUAUACUUUCAUCUGAAUAUCCAGUCACGAAUCUAUUGUCCUCUGUGUAUUUGUAUGUGUAAUUGUAUAUACAUGUAAAUAUAUAUCUACGUCAUAAUCCAACAUGGCAAUGGUGGCCAAAUCACUGAGCAGAGUUUAGUCCUCUAGAUGUGCCGAAAUUUGCGGUAAAUGUGGUAAAUGUCUACGACCUGAAUCUGACUUCCAUGGGAAUGUGAUCCGAACUUACAUAAUCUGUAUGUUUUUUAACAUACAGUUCACCCACUGGUAUCUUUAUAAGCACAUAAGGACGGUUUACAGCAAGGAUUGUGAAACCUUGAUGUUCCUGAGCAACCUCUCUAGGGAACAUGAGCGGUAUAAAGCCCGUGUAUGA